AUGACGCUUUCAAAUUUUUUUGUAUAUUUUCACUUUACAGGUCUGUCGGGUGGUGAGCGUACUUACACAUUAGCCUGUUUCAUCAUGGCUUUAUGGGAAAUAAUGGAAUCUCCUUUUCGGUGCAUGGAUGAGUUUGACGUUUUUCUGGACUUGAGCAACCGCAAGCUUGUUAUGGAACUCCUUAUUGAAUUGGCGACCCAGCAGUACCCCUACAAUCAGUUCAUUUUCUUCACUCCUCAAGGAGUUAAGGAGCUUGGGCAGAAGAAAGGAGUGCAGUUGUUUGAACUUCCAAGCGCAAAGCGCUGA